UCUGUCCUGGUGUCAUUGAUGCACUGUUCAAAAACUACAUGGGGAUCUUCCCAUUGUGGAGUGGUUUGUUGCUUGGGGAUCUGUCGCGACAUAGAAAAGGUACCUCUAAAAAAGAUGGAAGUCAUAAAACCAGGGAUACCAACUGCCAUGUUGAGCUCUGGUUUGGGUUGGUCAAACACUCCAUCCUUUUAAAAAAAAAGUACCUGAGACCAGCUGAGUUUGUCUCCAAAAUGUAUGCCUCAAUACAAGGAAGAUACGUAGAGCACAUUGAGCAACACAAUCUGCCAAUGCAUAUUCUGGACAAAAACUUUGGGCAUCCUAGCAGGCCAGAUGAUGACCACGAGGAACAGUGGAACAAGCGGGAAAGUUCUGCUGGUCACUCCAAGUCCAAGUCCAAGUACUUCAAUCCACCAAAAGCACUACCCAACCCCAAGAGCCCACCUGCCACAAAGGUGAAGAAAAGAAAAGUGGACCAACAGGAACAAGACGCACAGGGAAAUGUAAUUGAAGGCGUGUUUCAUGUUGCUGCCGACAAAUUCGCCGUUCUGAACAAAAUGUACUUGCUAAAUCACUACACAGCAAGUGUCAUUUUGUUCGGGGACAGAACUCAGCUAAUAUCUCACAGUUUACCGAAGGUCAACUUUGACAACUAUGAAGCUGUCCUGUCCUUUGUACUUGUCAACAACAACCACUGGAAGUUGCUGUACAUUCAUGCCAACACCAGCACCGUAUUCCUGGUGGAUCCAGCUCAAAGCAUAAAAGAGCUUGAUGACUCCGAACAUGCUGCCAAAAGAAUACAGGAGUACUUCAGGAUGAGGAGGACACGCCACAGCAUAACAGACUGGGUGGAUGUUAAGUGGAAGGGAGGCGUUAUGGGCCACCCACUUCAAACGGAUGGAUGUAGCUGUGGUGUCGUUGUUGUGAAGAUGGCAAAGGCAGUCAUGGAGUCCUUCCCUCUGAUCCCGAAUGUGAAUUUCGAGUGUUCGAAGAAAUACAUGAAACGGGAGAGGAGAGAACUGGCUCUCGAAAUCCUUGAGGCAUCAGGUUCAGUGUGAUGACUGUGAACGAUGGUACCAUGCCCAGUGCCUGGCAAUGGACAGCAGAGACUUUAAAAAGGCAGAGACAGGAUAUUGGAAUUGUCCUUUGUGCAAGUAAUACUUGAAAUGUGCUCAAUGAUGACGAUUAG